GCAUUGGCGGCGCCGACGGCGUGCCUCCUGGGCUACGGCAUCGCGCGCCUCGGCGACAGCGGCCUCAAGGAGCUGCGGAACUACGUCUUCGCGGCCGUGUCGCAGCGCGCGAUCCGCGUUGUCGCGCGGGGCGUCUACGAGCACCUGACGGCGCUGGAUUUGGCCUUCCACCUGGACCGCAAGACGGGGCAGCUGAGCCGCGUCAUCGACCGCGGCGCGCGGUCCAUCAACUACCUCGUGUCGAUGACGCUCUUCAACGUCGCGCCGACGGCGCUGGAGAUCGCGCUCGUGACGUCCAUCGUCUCGUUCAGCUUCGGCCCGGCCCACGCCGCCGCGGCGCUGGGCACGGUGUCCGCCUACGUCGUCUUCACGGUGACCUACUCGAACCGGCGCAUCCCGAUUCGAAAGCGGAUGAACGCGGCGGACGCCAAGGCCUCGGGCCACGCCAUCGACACGCUCAUCAACUACGAGAGCGUCAAGUACUUUGGCAACGAGGCGCGCGAGGCGGCCAAGUACGACGCGCUGCUCGCCGGCUACGAGACGGAGGCCGUCGAGGUGCAGCGGACGCUGUCGAUCCUCAACUUUGGGCAGCAGGGCAUCUUCGCCGUGGGCCUCGGGACGAUCAUGCUGCUCACAUCCGACGCCAUCCUGCGCGGGGAGGCGUCCGUCGGCGAUCUGGUGCUCGUCAACGGCCUGCUGUUCCAGCUCGCGAUCCCGCUGAAUUUCGUCGGCAUGGUCUACCGCGAGAUCCACCAGGCGCUCGUGGACAUGGACGCCAUGUUCGAGCUGCUGGACAAGGAGCCGGGCCCCGUGGCGGCGCGGAGCCGCGACGAGCGCGAGCGGGUCAUCGGCGCGCCGCCGGCGGUCGUCUUCGACGACGUGUCGUUCGCCUACGAGCCCUCCCGCAAAAUCAUCGACGGCCUGUCCUUCGAGAUCAAACCGGGCGAGACCGUGGCCAUCGUGGGCGCGUCGGGCUGCGGCAAGUCGACGCUCCUGCGGCUCCUCUUCCGCUUCUACGACGUCGGCGGCGGCCGCGUGACCGUCGGCGGCCGCGACGUCCGGGACUACGACGUCGGCGACCUGCGGGACGCCAUCGGCGUCGUGCCCCAGGACACGUCGCUCUUCAACGCGACCAUCGGCGAGAACAUCCGCUACGGCGACCCGCGCGCGUCCGACGCCGCCGUCGAGGCCGCGGCGCGCGCGGCGAACCUGACGCCGCUGCUGGACUCGUUGCCGGACCGCUUCGACACGGUCGUCGGCGAGCGGGGGCUCAAGCUCUCCGGGGGGGAGAAGCAGCGCGUCGCGCUCGCGCGCGCCGUGCUCAAGGACGCGCCCGUCGUCUGCUUCGACGAGGCGACGUCCGCGCUCGACACGUCGACGGAGUCGGAGAUCAUGGGCCACCUCCGCGACCACGCGAGUGCGGGAUCCAAGACGACGCUCAUCAUCGCCCACCGCCUGUCGACGGUCGCGGACGCGGACGAGAUCGUCGUGCUCGACCGGGGCCGCGUCGCGGAGCGCGGCACGCACCACGACCUCAUGCUCUACGGCGGCAAAUACGCGGGGCUCUGGGCCGCCCAGGCCGAGCGGGGCGACGGGCCCGAGGGGGAGACGGCGAGGUAG